AUACACUCUCUGGUCUCAAAGUCCCUCCUCCUCAUCUUUGGCUGCUUUGUUGUUGACUCCCAUCAAAGAUGGCGUCGCGCGCCAACUAAACCCACAUCCAACCCGAGUAGUGAAAAAAAUCCAUAAAAUUGCAUGGUGAGAACGCUCCGUUAAUCGAGUUGUAACCCGAUACCGGCCUAUGUGCACCGCAGCCGCGGGUCUGCGCGCGCUGGGCGAUCCGUCAGAGACGCGCGACACGUCCGCAGCUGCCCGAAUACACUUGAGCUGAAACAGGGAAGCGCUGGAUCCUGAUGAAGCGAGGGGAAGGGGGUGUAGUCACGAGACUGACCAGUCCCACCUGAAGAACCAAGAAUGACUAUGGCCUUUGAGGAGAUAAAGAAGAAAGGAAUGAUGGAUAUUUCGGGGAUGGAAGGAGAGGUCGGUCUUGUUGCUGGUCGCAGCCAAAGAGAGAAGAGGCGCUCGUAUAAAGAUCUGUUGAGAGAGGAAGAAGAAAUCGCAGCGCAGGUGCUCAAAACCUCCAAGAAACACCACAAGGAUUCGGACCUUUUCCUAUUAGGAGGAGAUUCUCACAAGAAAAAAAAGAAGCACUUGAGUGAUGACUACUAUCACAGAGACCAUCACAGCUCUGGUCAGCCGCCCCACAAGAAGAAGCGCAAGUCUUCAGAUCACUCGCUCUCCCUCUCCUCCUCGUCGUCCUCUCACCCGUCCCACUCCACAGACACAGCCAUGGGCCUCCUGGAGGCCAUUACCUCCCCGCUGGCCACGGGCACGGACCCCACCCCGCACUUCUACAAAAAACCCUCCUACCCUCCCCACACCUCCUCGCACUCCUCCAAAGACCGCAAACAGGACAGCGGCUCUAAGAGCAGCCACUCCUUCUCGCACUCGCGUCCGCCCGGUUCGUCCUCGUCUAAAAAGCAUUCCUCCUCCUCGAAGUCACUGCUGUUCCACGGAGGAGCUGGAAAAGGAGAGCCGCUGACGCUCUGUGAAGCUGAAGGACUGAAGAUGAAGCUCAUCCUUUCUUCAAAAGAGAAGAACGAAGGUGUCGGGACGAACGAGGGAUUCUCCUUCCCGGUCCAUUCUUCUUCCUCUUCGGGUGUGGUAGGCCAUCAUUCGUCCUCCAGCUCGAAGAAAGGAGGGAUGAAGAAGGAGAAAGACAAAGACAAAAUGAUGCCGAAGCCACCCAAGAAAAAGCAGCACAGCCGAGAGCCGUUGCCUGUAGUGGGGAAAGAGGUGGAGGUCGUGGGUCAUUACGGAGGCAUGGGAGGAGACAGCUCAUCUUCAGGAGGAGAACUAGAGGCCGGCGAGCUGGUGAUUGAUGACUCAUACACACAUCUUUCAAAAAAGAAGAAAAAGAGCAAGAAGAGCAAAAAGAAAAAGGAUAGAGAGCGAGACAGAGAGAAAGGAUCCAGGGAGAAGAAACACAGCAAAGGAAGUGGAGGGAAGAAAAGCUGUCCAGCAGUUGAUCAGUCUAGAAGCCACUCCCAUACUCACAGCUCAUCCAAUCACAGCUCUGCCGGUGGCAUGUACGCUAUGGCUCCACCCACCUCAUCCCAUCACCAUCAAAGCAUUGAACUAAUGGGUGAGAAGAAGAAGAAGAAGGAGGAAAAGGAGAAAGAGAAACAUGACAAGGACAAGCCGAAGAAGAAGAACAUGACAGCCUAUCAGGUGUUCUGUAAAGAGUACAGGGUCAAUAUCAACGCAGAGCAGCCUGGAUUAGUCUUCGGGGAGCUGAGUAAGAAACUCGCAGAGGUGUGGAAACAGCUGCCUGAAAAAGACAAACUGGUUUGGAGACAGAAAGCUCAAUAUCUCCAGCACAAGCAGAAUAAAGCUGAAGCUAUGACGGUCAAGCGGAAAACCUUAACAACCUCAGACAGUAAAAGUAAAAGCUCCAGCAAAGGUGUCAGUUUAGGAGCAGGAUUGGCCCCUCAGGGCCGCUCGUCUCUGGGUAUGUCGUUGUCUCCGGUGCGGGUGCCUGAUGUGGACCCCAUAGAUGCAGCAGCUCACCUGCAGCUGUUGGGGGAGUCGCUGUCUCUGAUUGGACACCGACUUCAGGAAACGGAGGGGAUGGUGGCGGUGUCUGGCAGUCUUUCGGUUCUGUUGGACUCUAUUUUAUGUGCUCUUGGUCCAUUAACCUGCCUGACAGCACAAGUUCCCCAGCUCAACGGCUGUCCACGCAACGUCCUGUCAAACACUUUGGACAACAUCGCUUACAUAAUGCCUGGACUAUGAAUCUCUUAAAAGGCACUUACAAGAGACUGGGUUACAUUUGGACAUAUUCCUAGAAGCGCCAAACGGAGGACCAGAGAGGGUUUUUUAACUUUUUCUGAUCAAUGGACAUUCUUAAUCUCAAACAUUUUAAAUACAAUUUUUAGAAAAAUGUCAGUCAUUUUUUUAUUGUUGUUAGAAAGAAAAAAAUAUCCUAUUUUAGAGGACACUUUUGAAGUUUCCCUUUUGUGUUUGUGUUGGCAUCUCAAAAUGUCAAGGUCUGUUUAAAGAUGUGUUUGUGAGUAUAUGUGAUCAAAUUCACAUGCUUUUUAUGUUUUAUACAAAUAUGUGCAGUUUAGUUUUAUGGCCCAAUGUUGUUUUUUUCUAAUUUAACAUUGACUUAAUUUAUAUCAACUGCAGUUUAACUGCGCUAUCAUCAUUUCAUGUCUUACAUAUUGUAUUUUUGUAAUGUGAAUGUUGUAAUAAUAUACUGGGGUUGGAAGAUGAAAGUGAAACUUUCUUAAUUAUUAUUGUGGUGUAGGGCCUCCUUUUGCAGCUAAUACAGCAUCAGUUCAUCUUAGGAAUGACAGACACAAGUCCUUCACAGUGGCCAGAGGGAUUUUGAGCCAUUCCUCUUCCAGAACAGUGGCCAGGUCAAAAUGUGAUAUUGCUGGAUGAAAACGUUUUCUGACUUUCUCCUCCAAAAUUCCCCAAAGUGGCUCAAAAUAUUUAGAUCUGGUGACUGUGCAGGCCAUUGGAGAUGUUCAACUUUACUUUCAUGUUCAUCAAACCAUUCUGUCACAAGUCUUGCUGUAUUUGUAGGUGCAUUAUUAUGCUGAUACACGGCAGCCCCUUCAGGGUACAGUGUUUGAAGCA